AUGUCCUCAGAAGAACCCAAUCCAAAUCCAAACCCCAACCCCGAACCCGGCCCCCGCGCCAUCCGCCUCCAUCAAGUAUACACCGGCGCCCUCACCCGCACGCUCGACAAGCUCUCCUACGAAAACAUAGCGACCUGCUACCCGACGAUAUCGCGACGCGCCGCCCCCAUCCUGCACCAGGUCCACGCCCAGAUGGUGGAGCGGCUGAAGGAGAAGUGCGACAAGGAAUUCGACUCGAUCCUCGCGACGCGCGACGUGGUGCGCAAGAUGAAUGAUUUGGAGGGGCUGAUUGCUGAUGCGGAGGAGCGGAGGGCCAGCGGGAAGAGUGAGGAUGUUCCUACGCCACCGCACUUACUACCACCAAACGAAGUACUAGCAGCCCACCUGUCACCGCACCUCAUCGAGCAAAGGGGCCAGCUCAACGCGCAGCUGCAGACGACACAAGCGCAGAACAAUGUACUAGCAGAACAUGUGAGGGCGCAGAGGGACGAGAUUGAGCUUCUGCUGGACAAGUUGGAGGCUGCGGUGGAGGAUGUACGGUGUGCGAAUGGCGUGUUGGGCGGGGUGGUGGGUGAGUUGGCGGGUGAGGCGAGGGGGAUUGAUAAACAGAUGGAGGAGGAGCGCCGAUGA